CCUCUCGCCAUCGGCCUCUCACGUCGCGUGCUUGAGGUUUGCAUCGUUUACUAUGAAUAUGCAGUCCUGACCCGCGCAAUCGCGCAGAAUAAACUUGUACCUGUGAAGGGCCUUUGCAUCAUUUGUAAUAUUUCUCGAUUGUUCCCGCACUGGAUAUCAAAUACGAACACCGGGCUCCAUCAUUUUUCCCCUCCGUCUUCCAUCUCUUUACCCACGCUAUUUUGUUAUAGCCAACCUGUUUUCAGAUUUCCACCUCUUUCCACUCUCUCCACUCUCUUUUAUCUUUUAUCCAUUGGACACCGCUACCUUUUAUUCUAUCUCCUACAAUGCCUGCUGCAAACGAUUCGACUACUGCUUCAGAAGUGAAUGAAAAGGACACUAGGGUACAGUUCCCUCAAGAAGGCUACUUUAUCGAGCAACCGAUCGCCCCUGGCUCGUACCUUGGACCCAUCAAUGCCUCACUGCCCGAUGCCGACAAGGUUCCCCUGCUCUUCCAGCCGUUUAAGGUCAAGGAUCUGACGAUCGCCAACAGGGUAGUGGUGGCACCGAUGUGCAUGUUCUCUUCCUUGGACGGAUUCUUUACGGACUACCAUCUUGUCCACCUGGGAUCAUUUGCGACACUUGGAGCAGGACUGAUCCUGGCCGAGGCAACGGCUGUCCUUCCUGAGGGACGGAUCUCGCCAUCAGACACUGGACUCUGGAGGGACGAACAGAUCGCGGGGUUGAAGCGGAUUGCCAACUUUGUGCACAAGCAGGGAUCGAAGUUGGGAAUCCAGCUCGCUCAUGCCGGUCGUAAGGCUUCGGUGAAGGCCUAUUACGCUGACUUGCCAGAGUCGGCCUACUGGAAAGACAAUGUGGUCGCUCCUAGCGGAGGAGCUGAAUUCCAGUGGGAUGACAAGCACCAUGUGCCACGGGAGCUGUCGGUCGAGGAGAUUCACAGGACGAUCAAGGCAUUCGGAGCGGCAGCGGUGCGGGCGGCCAAGGCUGGUGUGGACACAGUCGAGAUCCAUGCUGCGCAUGGGUAUCUAAUUCACCAGUUCCUGUCGCCGGUGAGCAACAACCGGACGGAUCAGUAUGGAGGGUCGCUCGAGAACCGAGCGCGGUUCUUGCUCGAGAUCGUGCGUGAAGUCCGGGCGAACUUUCCGCCAUCGAAGCCUGUGUUUUUGAGGGUGUCGGCAACGGAUUAUGUGGAGCAUUUAGAUGGGCCGUCGUGGGAAAUUGAGCAGACGGUACAGAUUGCGAAAUGGGUCAAGGAAGCUGGGGUGGAUGUGUUCCAUGUGUCGUCGGGAGGGAACACGGCUAAGCAGGAAGUGAAGUAUGCGCCUGGAUACCAGGUACCCUUUGCAGAGCGCGUGAAGCAGGCGGUGCCGGGGUUGGAUGUGGUGGCUGUUGGAGUGAUUACGGGGGGUAAGCAGGCGAACGAGGUUCUGGAGGAGGAGAAGGCGGACCUUGUGGCGGUGGGUCGCGGGUUCUUGAGGCACCCUAAUUUUGUGAUGAAUGCUGCAGAGGAGUUGAAUGUGAAGGUCAAGUACUCGCAGCAGUAUGAGCGUGGCAGAAUGUGAAGCAAGUGUGUUAGCUCCAAUAGAUAAAGGACCAAGCUGGCAAUGAUGUGUACAUGCC